CAUAAUUCUUACCUCUAACAUUACUAUACCACCAACGCCAAUAAUGGCCCUUUGCCUUCUCUGCGUUUUGUCUUGAAGGGUAGCGCGACAUAAUCGAGCGCUUCUGUGAGGCGCCCUAUUCCCUAUCCCUUGCUCUUAUCCUCCUCCUGCCUAGAUCCCUAAUAGUCGCCCAAGACGUGACCUGUUACCGGCGAUGAUUCGAUAUCUUCUCAGCCUUCUGGCCUGCUCGCUGGGCGUCGCAGCAGUCAGAGACUAUGAUACGAACUCCUACUACGCCCUCAAAAUCGACCCGAGUGGUUCACCAGAUGAGAUCGCUCUGCAUCUGGGUCUGAAAAACGAAGGUCCUUUAAAAGGCUUGAACGACCAUUACGUGUUCUCAGCGCCAAAGCACGACCAUGAUAUUGUACACGAAUCGUUACGAAAAAGAAAGCGCUCAGUGUCUUCGGGCCCACAUGUCCUUGACAGCGUCCGAUUUGCCCAAAAACAAGUACCGAAGCAAAGGCUGUUCAAACGGAGUGUGAUUCCUUCAAGAGCGUCGGUGGGGGAUGAGACCGCCAUCAAUGCAAGAGAAGAUGUGGCACGACAGCUGAGUAUUGUGGAUCCGGAAUUCACUAGACAGUGGCAUUUGUACAACACCGUGGAAGUAGGCAACGAUCUUAACGUCACGGGUGUUUGGCUGGAGGGCAUCACGGGAAAGAACGUCACGGUUUGCAUUAUUGACGAUGGCCUGGACAUGGACAGUUUGGACCUGAAGCCCAACUAUUUUGCGAAGGGUUCGUAUGAUUUCAAUGAAGGUGUUGACGAGCCAAAGCCGCGGCUCUCAGAUGACCAACACGGAACGCGGUGCGCUGGAGAAGUGGCGGCCAGCAGGAAUGACGUGUGUGGAGUAGGCGUCGCAUACGAGUCGAGGAUCUCUGGAAUACGCAUCCUGUCAAAGCCCAUCUCGGACAUUGAUGAAGCUGAGUCAAUUGGAUACAUGAGCCAGGACAACGACAUCUACUCGUGUUCGUGGGGACCCCAGGAUGACGGCAAGACGAUGGAGGCUCCGGGUAUGUUGAUACAGCAGGCAAUGCUGAAGGCCAUACAGGAAGGAAGAGGUGGCAAGGGCAACAUUUACGUCUACGCUGCAGGUAACGGAGCUGCUUGGGACGAUAACUGCAACUUCGAUGGCUAUACGAAUAGCAUAUACAGUGUUUCGGUUGGUGCUGUCGAUCGCGCGAACAGGCAUCCGUUCUACUCGGAAAAGUGUUCCGCUCAGCUGGUGGUUACUUACAGCAGUGGCACUAGCCACGACGCUAUCCACACGACCGAUGUUGGCCUUAACAAAUGCACAAGCAGCCACGGUGGCACUUCAGCUGCUGGUCCUCUCGCAGCCGGCGUAUAUGCGCUUGUGCUCUCGAUCCGACCGGACCUGACCUGGCGGGACAUUCAAUGGCUUACAGUCUUGACUGCAGAUUCAUUUCGACAUCCGGAGAAUGAAGACGAUUGGCAAAAGACGCCGCUUGGUGUCGAAUUCAGUCAUCAAUUUGGAUAUGGCAAGCUCAAUGCGGGCAGGAUUGUUGAUUUAGCCAAGACUUGGAAGGUUGUUAAACCUCAGGCAUGGUACUUUUCGCCCUGGAUUCACGUUAAGCACGGUAUCCCGCAGGGCGACCAAGGCCUCCACAGCACGUUCACGGUCACAAAAGAAAUGCUCCAGGCUGCCAAUCUGGAGCGUGUGGAGCACGUCGUCUUGACUAUGAAUGCGGAGCACCAACGCCGUGGUGAUCUUAGCGCUGAAUUGGUUAGCCCUUCAGGAGUUCGGAGCAUGCUCGCUCCAUCAAGACGUCUUGACGAAGCAGAAAGUGGCUAUGUUGACUGGAACUUCAUGUCCGUGGCCCACUUUGGCGAGGAUGGCAUUGGCGAAUGGACACUCAUCGUCCGGGAUACAAACAUCAACGAUAAAAUUGGUGUCCUGACAGACUGGCGGCUCAAGCUCUUCGGUGAGUGCAUCGAUGCAGAGAAAGCGACUCUGCUACCGAUGCCAACUGAGCAUGACGAUGAUGACCAUGACGUUAUCUUAUCUGCUCCUGUCAGUACGGCAUCAGUGGCCCCCACAACCACGAAACCCCUCCCAGAUGGCUCGGGCCAUCCCACUCGACCUGCCAUACCUAAACCUACGGAUGCUGGCGAAGCGCCUUCACCCGCACAAACGACGCCCGCAACUGGCUCGCCAACUGGCACCCAAGUUUCUUCACCGACUUCAACGGAUCUGUCUGAAGAAGAAAGCGAGAAACAAAACGAGCAUUUCCUCCCACCCAUAUUCCCAACUUUUGGUGUUUCUAAGCGCACGCAAAUUUGGAUCUACGGUUCUCUCACGAUCAUCGUCCUCUUCAUCACGUCUCUUCUGAUUUAUCUCUACGUGCAACGCCGGAAGAGGCUAGCUGCGAACCCGAGAGAUGGGUAUGAGUUUGAGAUGAUUAAUGAUGACGACGAGCUUGAUGCUCUUGCGAGCAAGAUGGCGGGAAGCAAGCGGAAGUCAAGACGGGCUGGAGAAUUGUACGAUGCAUUUGCCGGAGAAAGUGACGAGGACAGCCUGUUCUCUGACGGGGACGAUCACGAUCGCAGAAAUGAUGCAUACGCAGACAGUGAUCGUGGAGAGGAACAGAGGUUGACGGAGAAAUAAGUGUAUAAAAGACAGGACCUUGUGCAGUUCCCGUCGAAAUUCCGGCCACGGGGAGAUUUGGAAAGCAACUGGAGCGGAUACAAAAGACAGCCUUUGGAGGUCUCUGCAUAGUGUUACGGCGUUUCCUUUCGCGAUUGACGUAUGUAUACUAACAGAUUGGGGAGCGGAAAUCUUCAUGAACUCCCGGCAAGCGGCAUGUGCUUUGGGGUUUUUGUUUUCGCGAAUAUCUAGUCGCAACAUGCAGCAUAUGGGCAUAUGCGAGCAUUAUAUUCGACUCGUUCUAUGCAACCAAUUGUUCUACUACCACUGAUGCAGGCCAGCAAACGUGAUCGAGGGACGUUUCUGCAAUGUGAAUGAUAUGCCAGACUGCCCUCGUUCAUUGGACCGUCUCGUGCCUAGAUAAAUGUAGAUCUUCACACCUUCGAGGGAAACAAUCUAGAGAUAAC